AUGGGCGACGAAUCCGGCUUCGAAUGGGACAGUGGGACAAAUGCCAAAGACAGUCCAGGAGUAGACCCACAAGGUCGAUCAAAAGGAAAGGCAAAGGAUGAUGGACCGUCUUCGAAACGGCGCUGCGUCAGCUCAGCAUGCAUCGCAUGCCGGAGAAGAAAGUCCAAGUGUGAUGGAAAUCUCCCUAGCUGUGCCGCCUGCUCAUCAGUCUAUCAUACCCCAUGUGUAUAUGACCCAAACUCGGACCACCGUAGGAAAGGCGUCUACAAGAAAGAUAUCGACAAUCUACGAACUAGAAACACUACCUUGCAAACACUCGUCCACGCAAUCUUGAAUUACGAUGAAGAAGACGUCUUUGAUCUCGUCCGUCAGAUCCGGUCCUGCGACAACUUGGAAGACGUCGCCGAGUCGGUGACUGCCCAGGAACGAGGUCUUUCCAGCAAGAUCAAGGCAUCUCAAUCGAACCCACCUAUCGAAGAAGACUAUGAGGCGGACCAGUUUGAAUCCGAGCUUUCCGGCCGGAUGAGUGAGUUGAUGCUCGAUGGCUCGGUCAAAUUUAUUGGCGGCACAUCCAAUCUCCUAUAUCUCCCGCCCGAUUCAAACUCGAGCGAAUCAAUUUCUUUACGAAAUGAUGAACAGUUUUCCGUCGUGCAAUGGACGCGCGUCACAAACGAUGAAAGACUGGUCGAACAUCUCAUAACAAUGUACUUCACCUGGCAUUAUGCAUACUUUACCACUUUAUCAAAGUCCCUUUUCUACCGAGACUAUCGCCGUGGCCAUUCCAGUCAAUACUGCUCAUCUCUACUGGUCAACACAAUGCUAGCCCUGGGCUGCCACUUCAGUUCUUGGCCAGGGGCGCGAGAAAACCCCACUGAUUCGGCAACCGCCGGUGAUCACUUCUUUAAAGAAGCUAAACGGCUAAUUCUCGAGGAUGAUGAACAUGAAAAGGCCAAACUCUGCACAGUGCAAGCGCUCGCUUUGAUGUCCGUUCGAGAAGCCGGCUGCGGCCGUGAAGGUAAAGGUUGGGUUUAUAGCGGCAUGAGUUUUCGAAUGGUGUAUGAUUUGGGUCUUAACGUCGAUGCUACCAGUCUUGGUAUCAAUAAACUGGCCGAAGAAGACGUCGACGCGAGGAGAGUUACUUUUUGGGGUUGUUUCCUCUUCGAUAAGUGUUGGUCUAAUUACCUUGGUCGCCAGCCGCAGUUAUCACUUAACAAUAUAACGGUGCCAAAAUUUGAGGUAUACCCAUCCGAAGAUGCAGAGUCAUGGAUCUUUUUCACGGAUUCAGGUGCUAGUCGAGAGCACGCACAGCCAGCGCGCACCCGAGCUGUAGCACUACAGAUUUCCAAGCUGUGCGAAAUCAGCAAUGACCUACUUAAAUUCUUUUAUGAUCUCGCUCCUACGGAAAAGCAGCCGUCACGCCAGGCAGAGCUCAAAAAGCUUAGCGAUGUUCAUACUAGGCUCGAGGCCUGGAAGAAGAAUCUCCCUACGGAACUGGAGCCAAAAGACGGGCAGCUUCCCCCGGUCUUGCUCAUGCACAUGUUCUAUCAACUACUAUUCAUUCAUCUCUACCGCCCCUUUUUAAAGUACACAAAAUCAACAUCACCACUACCACAGCACGUCUCACCACGCAGGCUAUGCUCACAAGCAGCUGCCGCUAUAUCCAAGCUUUUGCGCAUCUACAAGCGGUCGUAUGGUCUUCGCCAGAUAUGCAAUAUCGCAGUGUAUAUAGUUCAUUCCGCCUGCACGAUUCACUUGUUGAACCUCCCGGAGCGCAACGCCAAGAGAGAUCUCAUCCAUGGGGUGCGGAAUCUCGAAGAGAUAGCUGAAGGCUGGCUCUGUGCCAGACGAACACUUCGUGUUCUCGAUGUGUCUGCCAAUAAGUGGCAAAUUGAGUUACCCAGCGAAGUUGUGGCGGUUUUUGAGCGAACUCAUUCGAAAUGGGGUUCUUGGGGCUCUUGGGACAGCGAAACAUCGCCGGAAAGCCUAGCAGAUACGCCUAUGGAUGAAUCUUCUUUGGCUCUAGCAGAUACACAACACCGUCACCAGCAGCAGCAGCAGCGUCAGGCGGUACUGCCAAAUGACCAAGCUCCAUAUCAUCAUCCAACAGGCGGACCAUUUCAGCAACCCGCUUUUUUCCCGAACGUCCCACAAAUCCAAUCGACAAACGACGGCCGUUCGUUCGAUAACUUUAACGCACACAUACAGGUGUCGCUUCCAGAUCAACAAAACUACCUCGCUGUAAGCCAAGGCUAUCCCUCGUUAAACGCAGUCCCAACGACGAUGUCGUCAGACAGCAGAUGGAAUGCAAACAACCACCAGGACGCGUCCUGCAACAACUCCAAUAGCAGCAACAGCCCCGUAGCUGUGAUCGGAACUCCGCCGAUGCCUGUCUUCAAUGCACUUCCCGAACACCUAAUGGAAGAAAACCAAGACUGGUGGCUUCGCGACCAGAGCGCGCUAGCUCUGGGCUUGGAGAAUUGGGGUGAGGGCUGGGCUGGUAAUCAAUUCGUUGAUGUCACAGGGGUAUCUGCUGCACAGCAGCGAACUGAUAAUCCUAUGAAUUCCAUUUCCAUGGCAGGAAAUCAGAAUAACGGCAGGCCGCCAGCCCCCUCACGGGCUCAAGGGAAUGCCCGAUCAAAUUUCAGCGGCUAG